GUCGCAUCCGUCCACAAACACAUAAACACGAAAUUCUUCACCGACUCAUUCCGUCCAUUAUUCAACACUCACUGAAAGAUGACUGCACAACUAGGAGUCAACGAGCACCACCAGGCUCAAGUCAUCAACUAUAUGAGAUUCUCUCGCUACCAGAGAGGUCAAAGGCUGAGAGCUGUUGACAUGUGUUUUGAAGAUCUGAAAAGUAGCAGGCUCGAUGAGACGACAUACACCAUAGACGAGGUUACAGACAUGUUGGAUGGGCUUCUGUCUGUUGUGCGAGGAGAAGUAGAAGAUGAACUCAUCAACACUUCACACACAAAUAUCCUCCAGUGUCGACAGAUGUUCAUGCAGGCAGAAAAGUGGCAUCUCAAACUAGGGGCCGACAUUUCUGAAUUGGAAAACCGAGAUUUACUAGAACAAAUAGCAGACUUUGAAGAAAAAGAAUUCCGUGGUACAAAAAUGGAUAAGGAUUUACAAGGAGUACUUAAAAAUGUCAAGUUAAUUCCAUUAAAUGAGAAGGGAGGCACAGAACUACUACACAGGAGAAUUGAGGAAUUAGAUAGACAAAUGAAGAAAUUAAUGGCUGAAAACAAAAAAGCUAAGGCGAAACUUCUCAGUCUCGGUGGGGCAGCGGCUUUAUCUGGCUUAUCGUCAGUAAGUGAAGACGACAGUCAAUCAGGAAUGCAAGAAUUGGAGGUGGAAGCUAUGAGGAAACAGCUACAAGGCAUGUCAGCAACGUUAGAAGAGUGUCGUGAGACAAAGAAGAGUGGAGCUGCAUCCUUGGGCAACAUGGAGACAGACCUUGUGAGCACAAAACACGAGCUCCUGAGAAUAAACGAAAUGCUAGAAAUGGCAGAAAAGGAACUUGAAAAGAAAGUUCAUCAAACAACACCUUUUAAAAAUCUUAAACAAAUGUUGACCAAGAAAAACGAUCAGAUGAAAGAUCUUAGGCGGCGAUUAUCAAAAUACGAGUCCCUGGAUGACUGAUGACAGAGGAUAACUACUCUAGACAGUGAUUACUGUAAUACGCACGCUACUCCCCUGCAACUAUAGCCUGGAUCUGAGUCUCCGGAACUCUUUCUUAUCUGCAACUGUGAGCACCACUCUGUCCAAUACUGCUGAAUCUGUGUACAACAGUCUCUUGAUCAGCUAAAACAGGCACCAGGGUUUCUCUAGAAUUUAACAUUAAGGACUUUUAUGCUUAUACUUGACGAGAGGCAUCUUUCUUGUAGAGGACAUAUGAUACCAGAGGGAUGUUUUACACAAAAUAAGUUUACUCAAUAUGUGUACUGCAAUUAUUGUGGCUGGGCUUUAAAUAGUUGUCUUAAUUCAUUUUCAAACUAUUUAAAUUUUCCAAAAAAUAUAAAUUAAUAUUCUUACAGAUUUUUUAAUUGAAGCCAUAUUUUAAAACAAAUUCUCUGCUAAUUUUCACCACAUUUGAGAUAAUAAAAUGUAUUUCCACACUGAAGAAAAUAGUUGUAGUGCAUAAUGUAUUAUGUGAUGAUACCUGUGACAUUUCAAAAUCAUAUAUAUUUUGAGCUUAAUAUGAGCACUCUAAAUAUUAUUUGUAAUUACAUUUUUCUUUAAAGUAGUGAUUAUAAUAUGUAAUAACAGAGAAUCAUCUCUAUUUUGUUAGUGAAAAAUGAAAACAUUUUUAAAGAAUUUUACUUGCCUCGCGUAAAUUCUGCUAAAUAUCACUUCACAUUUGUCAGAGAAAAACAUGACAUUAAGCGAAACAUGUACUGAUAAUUAAUUAUCCGGGCUGUUCCUGAACUCCAUGAGACGACCACAAGAUCAAUUUUAAAAGACACAAUUGUUAGUAAAUCUGAACUAUUGAGGUGAUCAAAGGAUGACUGUGUUGUAUAACUUGGGAUAACUUUGUCAUUCAAUACCACCUGUGUGCAGGCUUGGGAACAGAAUGGACCUGUUGUAUAUCACUACUUGAUUGUACAAGGUGACUUUUAUGGGCCUCCUACGGAACUGGUGUUUUUCUUCCAGGAAUAAAUUCAUUCAUUUCUGGAAUAGCCCUUGAAAACAACGAAAAAAUUUAUAUAAAUCUGCUCCACAAAUUACUACAGUUAGGAUCUGUUGUUUCUGCCCUUAAUCUUACUUCUUUGUCUAUCCCGAUACACCUAGGGUACAUUCACGUAUGCGGUUGAAAUGGUUGAACCGGUUGUACUGGUUGAACGGAUUGAACUUGUAAAGAACACGACAGGCACAGAUCUGGACCGAGGCUGACCUACGGAAAAUUUGGCAUGU